AUGAAAAUGGCAUUAUUGAUUGGACAGUUGCCAAGGCUAAAAAAGAUAUCGACGGAUGUGGUGUGCGGGACGUCGUGGUUGUUUACUCUACCUACAACAAAGAAAAUGAAUCAUUUGCUGAAACAGAUACACCAUUCCCAUUCCCUGCACCAACCCUUAUAGUGAAACCAAAACAACUUGUUAGAGUUUUAAUAAGGAAUAUGCUUGGAGAGCCGACCACGUUCCAUUGGCAUGGACUUCUUAUGCAAAAGGCCUGUUUUGCGGAUGGAUCCGAGUCCGUAACACAAUGCCCAAUCAAAGAGGGUGAAAAUUUUCUAUACGAAUUUAAGGCUAAUGAUAAACCUGCUCAACGUGUUGAUGGAUUAUACGGCUACAUAAUCAUUGAGGAUGAUGAUAAUAAAUGUUAUGAUGAAGAUUUAGAUUCAGAUAAUGCUGAGAAUCCAUGCCCAUAUUGUGUCCUCAUAUCAGACUGGUACAAUGUUUGGGCAAAUACAUUACUGAAUGCAUAUCGUUACUGUAAUUAUUCACCUAAAAUAGCUGCAGAGCCUGUUCCUCACUCCAUAGUUAUUAAUGGAAAGGGUGCAGGAAAUUGUUUGGGUUGUACACCGAAAAAUAGUGUUGUAGCACCUGAAGUUAUCGAGGUUGAAGGAAUGCGCGUCAAGGACUCAUAUAAGAAUCACACAAAAUUACCUCUUAGUGUCGGACAAAGAUAUUCUGUGAUAGCUAGCACUGAUGAAACUGACACAGUCAAUUUUUGGAUGCGUAUUCAAACUAGCACAGAUUGUAUUCGAGAUAAUACGCAUAGUGAUCAAAAGGCAAUGCUAGUCAAAGAGAUUAAAGCAAUUGUUCGUUACGACAAGGAAUCUGUUGAUGACCCCACCACUGAUGCAUGGGUUAACUUAGAUGAGGAAGGUUCUGAAGGGGAUUUACCUUGUACUGAUUUUGAUUAUGGUUUGUUGUCGCCAGAAGAUGAUUCAAAUGCACCAGAACCAGAACAAGACGAGGAUAAAAAAGAUUACUUUUUUGGAAUUUACAUGUCUACAACUAACUCUACAAAGAAUCCAUAUACAACAUACGGUUCAGUAUCUUUAAUAACGGAUGCAGGUCAAUCUGUGAUAUCAGGUCGAUCUGUGAUAUAUGACGAUUCAUCCUUAGAUAGCACUGAAAAUACACUCCAAUUUACAAUGGAAAAUCAAG